UCGAAUGUUUGGCAUCCUUUUGCUUCCUUUUUUUAGCUGCAUUCCUUGUCAGUUCACUUCAAUCACUAUGUCUUGCCGAAUGGGAUGAGUUUCCACAGCUCUUUACAGACAGCCAGAAGCACACUUAUUUCAAUAUAAAACGAGGAUAUAGACGUCKUUCUGGUAAAGUGAAAGAGCUUCAAGUCUCUGACGACAUUGAUUGUGCGUAUCAAUGUGCAAUGAUGAAAGAAGAGUGUGUUKCCGUUAACGUACAGAAAAAUAAGUUAGAAARUGGUCUKCGAUUAUGUGAGUUAUUCAAGGAUAAACCAAAGAACAAAGAUUUGAUUCCCAAUGGCCAGUUUACCUACAUAUCUAUAGAGGACGCCGUCUUUGCCGACUGCGCWGACAUUUACAAAAUUCACAGGAAAAUAAGUGGUGUCUAUCACAUCAACCCCAUUCCCUCUCUCCAAAUUUCAGCCUACUGUGACAUGGAAACUAGUGGUGGUGGAUGGACUAUUAUCCAAAAACGACAAGACGGCUCGAUAAAAUUCAACCGUGACUGGGACGACUACAAGARAGGGUUUGGUAACAAGUUCACAGAGUACUGGUUGGGACUGGACACCAUUCACUCUCUGACGUCACAAGGGGCAUAUAAACUGAGGAUAGACAUGGAAGACUUCGAUGGAAAUCUGUACAACGCGUCCUAUGACUCGAUUGGGGUGUCAAAUGAAACYGAUGGYUAUCGCCUUUCUCUUGGAACAUUCAAGGGAARCAUCUACGAUGGAAUGGAAAUUCACAAGAAGGUAAAAUUCUCUACUUGGGAUCGUGACAACGACUAUGAUGAGUUUAGGUCAUGUGCAGCUCUCUACAAAGGGGGCUGGUGGUACAAUAAAUGCUUCCACAGCAACCUUAACGGGCAGUAUGGCUCUAAACKGCUCAGUGACCUACUGAAAAAGUCGAAUAAUGACGCCGGGUUUUUGGUGUUGAUGUUAUGGACAUUGGACGAUUCCAAACCUGAGAAGUAUGCAUUAAUGAAACGGGUUGAAAUGAAGAUAAGACCAAAAGACUUCUGAUUGACCCAGCGAAGAAAACAAAAACAAAUUGAUACCGUAGCGUGGAAUGACAUCACAACAUUAGUGUGACGUGGAGAUGAAGACAAAUUAAAGUGUMCUGGGACUAGCGAAGAUACGUCAAGUUCUCAUUUUUUGCACUAGGGCUAUGUUUUUGUAUAUCUAGUUAAUUAGUGUUUGUUUGUCUGUUUGUUUGUUUGUUUGUCUGUUUGGUUGCUAUUCGUACAUUUUAUUAUAUCAGCACCUGUACAAACUGUUUGACUAUACCGGUUUAUUGGAUUUAUGUUACCUAUUCAAUUGUAUAGCUUUGGACCAACACGACGCCAAGUCAUUCAAUCUGAAUAUGGUUACCUUUGUCGAUCAAAAGUUUCUUAUCCACAAUUGAGUAAAGAAAUAACCUAUGGUGACUUUGUUAUAACUUUUUUUAAGUCUUAAACAUUGAAUCAUCUCUAAAUUUGAAUGCAGACAAUKUCAUGAAACUCARUGAUGACUGCUGUGCGAAGACAACAMAKGUCUCAUGA